AUGGAUGAUGUAAAUUAUUUGGGUAAAGAAUUUGACAACUAUUAUGGUGUUGUUUUUACAAACAACGGUGACGACAAAGUAAAUAGCUCAUAUCAUUUAUUAAAUACAGAGAAGCAACAUGUAAAAGUAUGCCAAGUGUUUUUAAGAAAAGUGUUUUCAUUAUUGAUACUUCAAUUGUUUGCAUUCAACUUUAUGGGAUUUUUUUGUUUAUUUACACCAAAAAUACGUUUUUUUAUUUAUAACUUUGAAUAUAUGUUAUCGAUUACAUUAAUAUUAAAUGUGGUUGUACUUAUUUUUUUACACAUGAAGCGCAAGCAUUAUCCUGCUAACCUUAUAAUCUUAAUCAUUUUUACUGUUAUAGAAGCUUGUACUGUAGGAAUUGUAGUCACGUCGUUUGAUUUAUUUAUACUGCUACAAACAUUAUUACUCACCUUAGUUUCAAUGAUAGCAACAACAUUAUAUUUGAGUAAGACAAAGAGAGUGGGCUUAUCGUUGACUGAAUAUUGCAUUCUGCUGAUUUCUACUAUAUUUUUGUCCGGUGUACUAGUACAAAUUAUACUGGGCAGUACUACGUAUGAACUUAUAUUCUCGAGUGUCAGUUCAUUAUUAUUAUCAAUGUUCCUUGUACAUGAUGCUCAAAAAUUAAUGUGGAAAUUACAUCCCGAAGAUUUUGUUUACGGCACCAUCAGUAUAUAUUUUGACAUAAUCAAUUUAAUUCCUUAUGUACUUCAUAAAGUUUACAGCUUUAGGGUAUAA